UGAUGAUGAUGAUGAUGAACGUGAAUUUCAACAGUUUCGAUUAAGACUGGCCCAGAGACGGGACGCUAGACAACACCUGGAAGACACAUUUGGCGGCAUAGAGAACCACCAUUACUGUACCAAUGUCAAAGCCUAUCUAAACAUGAUUUUGGAAAAUCUGCCACCAGAACAAUAUGAAAAAACAGAGAUAAUGACAGAAGACCCCUUCUUCGACAAACUGAUAGACAGAAUUACCAAUGAGCCUAACCCAAAGACACUGUUUGCAAUUUUACAUCGUCGGGGAGUAAUCACGCGUGAAGAUAUAUGUUGCAUCAUGCAUCCCCUUAGCAGCGAUUCGGCCCAAAUAUUCAACCUCAUAGAAGUACUGAAACGGAAACCGAAUUGUCGUACAGCAAUUGAAACAGCAGUGCGCGACUGUUUACAAGAUGAACUUCUUAGUGGAGAACCUGUUGAAACGGCACGAUUAAAUCAGGAAAACGCCUUGUGCUUUGGAGACUUACUUAAACUUGAACAUUUCUUUGAGAGUGAAGAUAGUUCAAACUCUGAAAAUUUAACCGGGAAGCGGUGGAGCUGUUUACAUCAUGCUGCAGCCGACGGGGAUUUAAGUCUCUAUACACAACUUGAAUCUUUAUUUCUUGGAGAGAUAGAGGAUCAGGAAAAAUAUACAUACAUCCAAAGACAUAGAGACGAGAAGAAAAAUACGGUUUUGCAUGGUGCAGUUGAAUACGGUAACGAUGAAGGGUGUGGCUAUCUAUGUAGACAGUACCCACAACUAACCAAAUCUCGUAACGUCUUGCAUCAGGAACCGAUUCACCUGGCUAUCGCUAAAAACAAAACUGAUACAAACUGUCUGAAACAAUUAAUGGAAACUAACAUUAGAACAGAUCAACGAGCUGGGAAUGUCAUUGAUGAAGUAGCAGCAGAGAGCAUACAGCGUCUGCUACUCCUGACCUAUACGUGUGACAAUGUCGCAGUCAUGAACCUCUGUCACGGCUUCAUGCCAAGCAGGGCGUGUAAAUUAUUUGGGCCUGAACGGCGAUAUGAGUGA